CUGCGAGCGAGAGGUGUUACCAAAACAAACUUACCGGCGACCCGCGAAACGUUCGAAUUUAAUAAAAGCGAAUCUGUGAGAAAAUUUUGACGAGGGUCUUUGUGCGUAAAGGAGAUAGUUUCGGGGCAAUUUUUUCCGGAAGCUUUACAGGACUGUGACGAUAAGAUGCCGGAAGCAACAACAGAGCCCAAACUGAAUAAACUACAAUGUGAAGUGUUAAUUGAAUUCUAGUGGGAGAAAAUGGAUUACGCUAGAGCCCAUCAUUUGUGGCGGCCUCUCGCUGCGAUGUCUGGAAAAGAACAACAGCCCUCAGUUAUUACAACCCCUCCCGAAAAUUUUUCAUUAAAGUCCACCAUUUUUCACCACAUCAUCACCAUCGCCUCGUCCUCAACCGAAGAAAGUAACGACGUCUGGUACCCGAUAGUUUUCAACGAAAACUCGAGUUUAUACUUUAAGAAAUACGACGAUUUCUACUUUUAUCCGAACUAUAGUUUGAUGAGCAGCAAUUUUAGUUCGAACUUUAGUGUGAACAGGACUUUCAGUUAUCACCCGCACGACGAGACGAUCAAAAUCGUGACCAUGGUGGGCAUCGCCGUCUUGCUGGGUUUCAUCAUCUUGGCCACAGUCAUCGGGAACGUAUUUGUGAUAGCAGCCAUCCUCCUCGAACGAAAUCUCCAGAACGUGGCAAACUACUUGAUCUUAUCCCUGGCUGUGGCGGAUCUGCUCGUAGCUUGUUUGGUGAUGCCCCUAGGGGCAGUGUACGAAGUUAGCCAGGAGUGGACUCUGGGGCCUGAAUUAUGUGACAUGUGGACGUCCAGCGACGUCCUUUGCUGCACGGCUUCAAUCCUGCACCUGGUCGCCAUAGCGCUGGACAGGUAUUGGGCCGUCACCAACAUAGACUACAUCCACCAGCGCACCUCCAAGCGAAUCGGCAUGAUGAUCUUCAUCAUCUGGCUCGUGUCCUUCUUCGUCUGCAUCGCCCCUCUGCUGGGCUGGAAGGACCCUCAGUGGAACGACCGCAUCCGCGACAAAGAAUGCCUCAUCAGCCAAGACCUCUACUACCAGAUUUUCGCCACGGCUUCCUCCUUCUACCUUCCACUCCUCGUCAUCCUCAUCCUCUACUGGCGGAUAUUCCAGACGGCCCGUAAACGCAUACGAAGGCGGCAAGUGAUCGGAAGUAGCGCCAACCCCUCGUCCCAGAACCCGGCAGCCGGAGGCAUAGCAGGCGGGCUUGCGGCCGCCAGCGGCACCGGAGGCAUAGCCGCCGCAGUCGUGACAAUCAUAGGCCGCCCCCUUCCGACCAUCUCCGAAACGACAACCGCGUUCACCACGGUCUCUUCCAACAACUCCAGUCCCGAAAAGACUUCUUUUGCGAACGGCCUCGAGGCUGACAUGCCCACGACUACCGACUGCAGCGUGACGUACCAGCCGCAGCACUACCCGGUGAAGAGAAAAUCGCGAGAUAGUGCCGACUCGAAGCGCGAGCGGAAAGCGGCGAAGACUCUAGCUAUAAUAACUGGUGCUUUCGUUCUAUGUUGGCUGCCGUUCUUCAUCAUGGCGGUGCUGCUGCCGAUCAACUCCAAGUUGUUCCAGAAGUACGUCAUCUCGAUAUUCCUUUGGCUGGGGUACUGCAACUCGAUGCUGAACCCUAUCAUCUACACCAUCUUCAGCCCCGAGUUUCGGCACGCCUUCAAGAAGAUCCUGUGCGGUCGUAACUACGCCAGGAGGAACAAACAUUUCGGAAUCCGGCACUUUCAAUGAUGGCGGCAAAGUGAUCGUUUACCUUCGGAUACGGAGCAUCCGGUGGCCGCCCGGCUGGCGGCCAGUGUGGCGGCGACGGCGGUCGCGUCAGGUCCGAGAAACGUCACAUUCAAGUGUGACUGAUCCGACGAGAAACGAUCACGCAGUUCUGUGUCACCGAUAGACUGUGAGAGCAGCAGCGGCGAGCACGAGCACGGACUCGGGCGAAGGGUCAUGCUCGAGCUGCGGCCAUUUUAAACGGGUAUACGGACAAUGAGGGUGUUCUCCACUCACGACUGAAUCGUUAUCAAAUGACCACUAUCGUUUCGUCAAAGCUCAUUUAUUUGCACGUUUUUUACCAGAGUUUUAUUUAAGUACGAGAGACCAAUAUUGUAUUUUUAUCAAAGAAAUGGAAGACUAACAACUAACGUUAAGACUAUGUAAGAUAGAGUAGAAUCAAAA